AAAGGUUUGAUGGGAGCCUGUGCUCAGGCUCCUCUCUCUCUCUCUCUCUCUCUCUCUCUCUCUCUCUCUCUCUCUCUCUCUCUCUCUCUCUCCCUCCCUCCCUCCCUCCCUCCCUCUCUCCCUCCCUCCCUGAGCUAAGACAUACCUGACAACCUCUGCCUCUGGAUCCAGCUCUGAGGACAUAUGCAUCUUUUUAUUUACUGUUCUCCCAAGUGAUUGCAUCAAGCUGAAGAUCCUCCUUAGGAAAGACCCACAGCGUCCACGCAUGAGCAUUUUGCAAUUUGCCUGAGGAGUUCCUGCUUUCUUGUCUGAAAUUUGGUGGGUGGAGAGAAGUUUUUGUUUGAUUUUAUUUACUUAAAAUAUUGAAAAGUUUCUUAUUGAUGCCUGACAUGGAGCCCAGCUUUCAAACAUGGGUUGAGUCAGAUCUUUCUACCGGAGACAUGCUGGGACCAACACAUGCAACAUCUAGAAAAACUUGGCAAGAGAAAUGAUAUCUGCUUCGCAACUCUCACGCUCUGAGAAAAUCAUCAGACUCAUUGAAGAGGGAAAUUAAAAUAUUAAGGAAAAUGUCUUUCCUUUUCAGCAACUUAACAAAUGACUCUAACCUGUGGAAAGGAAGUCAUAAUUCUCCGGACCUUAUGAAUUCACCAGCAACUCUGACUCUUUCUCUCUUUUGCCUGAUCUGUAUAAUGACUCUCGCAGCUCUGGUGGGCAGCAUUUUCUCACUGGUUUCUCUGCUGACCAUGCAACACAGAACUGUUUUGUCCAUGCUUGUGACAUCUUGGUCUGUGGAUGAUCUCUUGAGCGUCUUGUCAGUAGCCAUCUUCAUGGUUUUGCAGUGGCCAAAAGAGGCACAGGGCUACUUCCAGUCUCUGUGCACCACCUCUGCCUUACUGUAUAUGUGCCAGGGCCUCUCCAGCAACUUGAAGGCGACUCUUAUAGUCUUCUACAACUUUCAUACGAUGCACAGGACGGUGGAGAGUCAGUCGAGCUCCUGGCGAUCAGGACAGGCACUUGGUGUAGCUUUAAGCGUGUGGGCAGUCAGCCUGCUGCUGGCCUCGCUCCCGCUGUGCGGCUGGGGUGUCUUCGUGCGCACGCCUUGGGGCUGCCUGACCGACUACUCCAGCCCCUAUGUGCUGCUCCUCUUCGCGGUAUACGCUUCCGCUUUCGGGCUCCUGGCGGUUCUCUCUGUCCCUCUCACUCACCAGCUGCUGUGUUCGGAGGAGCCGCCGAGACUCUAUGCCAACUACCAGGAAAUUUCUCGUGGCGCCUCUACUCCUGGGACCCCUGCUGCUGGGGGAAGAGUGCUCUGUCUGUCGCCAGAGGAUAUUGAGAUCGCAGCUUUGCGAUGCACUGAGGGAUGCUCCCCGAGCUCCGACUUGGUGUUGGCCCCGGGUCAGCCGGCUGCCUCCGGCGCUGGAGCGGGCAAGCGAGAGAAUCCCGGGACUCUCCCGGGCACCAACAGCUUCCUCUUGAGCCUGGCACAGAAGCGCUUUUCUUUGAUCCUAGCGUUGACGAAAGUCAUCCUUUGGCUGCCCAUGAUGAUCCACAUGGUGGUAAAACACGUGGUGGGGUUUCAGAACCUUCCGGUCGAUAUGUUCAGCUUUCUACUAACCCUGCUCGCCAGCAUUGUAACACCAGUGUUUGUCUUGUCCAAACGUUGGGCCCACUUGCCUUGUGGCUGCAUCAUCAACUGCCAGCCAGACACCUACUCUGUUGCCUUGGAUGGGAAAAACUCGAAGAGGAAAGGCUUUGAAUUCAAUCUAUCAUUCCAACAAAGUUAUGGACUCUAUAAAAUACCACAUGCAGAUUACUAUGAUGAUGAUGAAAAUUCCAUAUCCUAUCACAACCCAAAGAAAUAUGAGCGUGAAGCUACAAAGGAGCCUCGGGGAGACAACCAUAGUGUCUUCAAUACCAUCACAGUUGAAAUCAGCACCACGCCACCGCUGGACAGCGCCACACUGAAAGGUGUCAACAAGUGCACCAAUACUGACAUCCCAGAGCCCAAACAGGCCAUGAAAAAGGAAAAAGGUGCUUUUUCUGUUAAAACAGAAAGUGAUAUUAACUAUGGAGAAACCACUUCUUUUGAAGGUCCAGAGAGACGACUGUCCCAUGAGGAGAAUCAGAAACCAGAUCUUUCAGACUGGGAGUGGUGCAGGAGUAAGUCUGAACGAACGCCUCGCCAGCGUUCCGGUGGUGAGCUGGCUAUUCCCAUAUGCGCAUUCCAGGGGACUGUGUCUCUCCAAGCCCCUACCGGGAAAACCCUUUCUCUUUCUACUUACGAGGUCAGCGCAGAAGGGCAAAAGAUAACCCCGGCCUCUAAGAAAAUAGAAGUCUAUCGAUCUAAAAGUGUUGGCCAUGAACCGAACUCGGAGGAGUCUCCCUCCACGUUUGCGGACACCAGUGUAAAAAUACACUUGGAAGUUCUUGAAAUUUGUGACAAUGAUGAGGCUUUAGACACUGUGUCAAUCAUCAGCAACAUCAGCCAGUCCUCCACACAAGUCAGGUCUCCUUCUCUGCGCUACUCACGAAAAGAAAACAGAUUCGUCUCAUGCGACUUAGGCGAAACUGCCUCCUACUCCCUCUUCUUACCCACAAGUGAUCCUGACGGUGAUAUCAACAUAUCUAUCCCAGACACAGUGGAGGCACACAGACAGAACAGCAGGCGGCAGCAUCAAGAAAGGGAUGGCUACCAGGAAGAGAUCCAGUUGUUAAACAAAGCCUACAGGAAAAGAGAGGCAGAAAGCAAGGGUAAUUAGGAAGUGCUCACUCUAAAAGAGGCCAGAACAGCUGCAAAACAGACCUUAGACUGCAAAACUUACCAUAGUCCCAAGAUUAAUUUCCCACUUCCUUCUAAUCACAUGUUCACAUAACCUUUCCUGGCUUCCUAGUUAUUAUUUUUUGGAUGACCUGCCAUAGUGCAUACAAUAAAGUGCAUUUUACAUGUUAAAGAUCAUACACUGUGGUAAUUGAACAAUUCUGUGUCUGAUUUCUAAAAUCUUUCUAAGCCCAAUCUUGACCUAGUUUGAUAAUAUCUUGCCUGUUUGUCUAAUGAAUACACUGUUCUCAUGCAUGAGUUUUUGUACACAUGCUGCUUCUUACUGCAAAAGAGAAAAGAGAUGUUCUGGCAAUAGAAAAAAAAAUACACUAAAACUAGGAGUUGUAUUUGAAAAUGGAUGUGUAUCUGGCCAAAGGAGCUUAUUCUCGUUUUUGCUUUAGCCUUUCAGUGGUCUAGGAAGUAUGUUCUUUUGUAAAACGACAAAUUAGCUUCUAAGUGGAACUUUGGAAAUAUGUGCAUUCCUAGUCUAUGACUAUUCCAUUUGCUGUUAUAAAAUACAAGUAGUUUAGGAAGUGGUUCUGCUUGUCUUUCUUUGAAUGAAUGGAGAUAGGGAGAAAUCCUGUCACAUUGAGUUCCGAGAGGCACAGUACACGGGGGCAACAAGCUCCAGGCUAAGGCAGAUGAAAGCCCCCAAGCCUAACCAAAGGUUCCUGUGCUGAAGAUCCGGAAGGCUCUGAAGAUUGCUGUUCUUGAUGCAUAGAAAAUUUUUCUUCAAGUAUUAUUCUAGCUUAAGUACUUUAAUUGUUUUUCUUUAAAAACAAUGUAUUCUCUCAAUGAAACAACCCAACAUGUAUAUCACUAACUGAUGGCAAAGAAUAUUUGGCAAGAUUAACUUCUCAAGACACCUCAUCAGCACAUGACUAAUGUAUAUUUCAAAAAUUCUGAUCCUUUAAAAUUACUUUAUUCUAAUGUUUUUAUAAAUGUAUUAACUAUGUUACCUACAUAUUUGUUUACAAAAUUCACUGUUGUUUUAUGUGCUCUUAGAUUGUGUAUACCUGCAGUUCAGGCACAUAUGAUGUUUACUGAUUAAAUGGAUCAUACUUAAAA